GUGAUACUCUUGUACUUUUCUCCAGCUUGGAAUUUAGAUUUACUUGUAUUUAGUGAUGCUAUAACCAUGUCAAUGCUUAUUCGUCCCUUUGGCAUAUUCUUUUAGUUAAAGCACAAGUUCUUGGCCUCAUUAACUUACAUUGUGUGGUAUCCAGUAUCCUGACACUUUAGUUGAUUGUUUUCCAUAUGUAAUUAUUUGUCCACCUACUUGUUAUUUGGAUGACCUCUUUAUCAGGAGCUUUUGGAAAUUGCAAAGCAAGUCCACUGUGAUACUUCAGUCUUGUUACCUAUAUGCAAACUUUAUUUAUCAUCACUUGAUUUUUCUUGUGUUUAAUUUGGAUUUCUGCAAGAGAGUUGCCUGCCUGAAAGGUUUUCCAUUUGCAGUCAAGAUACCAACUUUUUCUUCCUUCAGAGUUGGAAAUAAAGUUUUAUGACAUGCUUGCCAUCUGGUUACCCUUUCCUGUAACAAGAGAAGGCGACUUAUCUUGCAAUAUUGAUGUACAAAGGGCAAUUCCAUCUCUGAAAAUAACAUAUGGUGACAGCAUGCAUAAGGUGUUGCAUGUUGGCCCCGACACUUGCUCAGUAGUUUCCAAACUGUUAACAGAGGAGGACACUGAAGCGUGGGGUGUGGAACCCUAUGAUAUAGAAGAUGCUGAUCGUCACUGCAAGAAACUUGUGCACAAGGGAAUUGUACGCGUGGCCGAUAUUAAGUUUCCUUUUCCUUAUAGGGCAAAAUCAUUUUCUCUUGUGAUUGUCUCAGAUGCAUUAGACUACUUGUCACCUAGGUACCUCAACAGAACACUUCCUGAAUUAGCAAGGGUAUCAUCUGGUGGUGUUAUUGUGUUUACUGGUUAUCCACACAAUCAUAAACCCAAGAAUGCAGAUAAUCCAAAAUCUGGACGGCAGGCUAAACUACGGAGCGCAACAUGGUGGGUUCGCUAUUUUAUUCAGACUAGUUUAGAGCAAAACGACGCUGCGAUUAAGAAGUUUGAACAAGCUGCAUUUAAGAGAUCAUAUCAUCCAAGCUGCCAAGUUUUUCAUCUGAAGUCAUACCGUUGAUGAUUUUGGGAUUAUUAAUUUUACCUUAGAUGGCAGCUUCUUGGUGCGAUUAAAGCGCCAUGUAAUUAUAUCAACUUCAGCAGCAAAUCAAACAAAUUUUGGUGCAGGCAAGGGUAUGCUCUCUUGAAUGAACUUCACUCCCUCUUAUAGUAAGUUAUAUAUAUAUAUAUAUAUAUAUAUAUAUAUAUAUCUUUAUUUCAUAUUCAAUGCAGGAGCUGCAUCAUAACUCUUUGCUCUCAUAUACUGUAUCAAAUAGACCUGCUUGUGAAUGUAGGUUGAUUUAGUUUAUCAUAUUAUUGUACCUUGAACUGGUUCUUAUUCAGAAAACAAUAAAUUAAAAAUCAUUCUUUUGUUCA